AUGGGCACCUUUCUCGGAACGUAUAGGGGUUACCUCGCGGGCAACCAGAACCUUUAUCGAGCGCGCAUCGCGGGUGGCGUCAACACGUUUGGUAGCAACGGCAACUACUUCUUGUCUGCGACCAGUUAUAACGCCCUCUGUCAUCUUGACGCCAGCUCUGCGCUAAGAGGCAGUGCCAUGGGAGUGGAUUAUAUCCAGCUAAUCAUGUGCAACGUGGUAUAUGGCGACUCGCUAGGCACAGACCUCAAGAAACGAGAUGGAGGAGAUGGCGAUGAUGACUCGUACACAGGGCGUCCGGAGAUGCAUCCUCGCUUCUGGCAGGUGCAAGGAGGCAGUGACUCUGAUGGUCUGAAGUGGGAUGAUACGGAUUCGGUCGCCUUCAAUCUGCUAGACGAGAACGACCUGCCUGUCUUAUCUUCUACAUUCUCCACCCGAGCCCAAGAGGAGGAACCGUAUGAAGGAAGUGACGUGGAGCAGUCCGCGUCCGUAUUGCGGAAGAAGCAUUAUGGACAGCAUUUCUAUCGACACGGUCAUAGACAUCAUUAA